AUGGAAGCUCAGAGGGUGGUGGUGAUCCAGGAUGCAUCGAGAGAAGUUAGUUCGAGCGCCAUCGGGUGGGCGCUCCACGGCUUAUCACUUAAGCCUGGAGAUAAGCUCACCCUCCUAGCAGUCAUUCAUCAGGUUAAAACCCCUAGUACGUUAUCUUUCAUGCGAAGCAAAAGCCCAUUGGGAUACAGAAGCAGAGUGGGUUCCAGUUCAAUGCUCGGAGCAAAUGAGAGAAUCGUUGAGAUAGAAGUAGCUAGGAAAACGAACGAGUAUCAAAAUAGCAUCGAACUUGGUCGGAUUUCUCAACUGUAUGAAGCCAACCAGGUUGAAGUUGACAUAGAGGUGGCUGCAGGAGCUUCACCUAAGGCAAUCGCUUUAAAAGCAGCCAUAAAUCUAAAGGCAACAUGGGAUGAAGAUAUUGACAGUGAUAACUCCAUAGAAGAGGAUACACCACCAGUUUAUCAUGAUGAUCAUGACAAAGUCAAUGCAGCAGGCAUCAGAAACAUAAAAUGUGAUUAUAUUCCAAGGAAGAUGAAGAAAGAUAGGGAAUACUUCCUAGAGAAGCUUUCAUGUGGAAUAUCGAGGAUCAAGCGGAAUAACAAGAUUGAACAACUGAGAGGACCAAAAGCAAUAGCAAUAGAUAAACAGUACUCUGCAGAGAUGAAAUGUAACAGCAGCCAAGUAAUGUAUGAUGAAAUGAUGCCGGGGUCUCCAGAAGAGGAGGAUCUUUUCAGCAUAGACCUUUCUCCUCACAAUUAUUAA